AUGGUUGGUGUCACGAAUGGCCAAGCAACAAAUGGCCACGCUCCGAAUGGCCACGCCGCAAACGGGGUCAACACCCCCCAGCGCAAGCGCAUCGUCGUAAUCGGCUUAGGCAUGGUCGCCGUGUCGUUCAUAGAGAAAUUAAUGAAACUCGAUGCCAAGCGCAGGGAGUACAGCGUGGUCGUCAUCGGCGACGAACCACACUUCGCGUACAACCGCGUCGGCCUCAGCUCCUUCUUCGAGCACCGCGUGGUGGAGAAUCUCUACCUGAACCCGAGAGAAUGGUACUCAUCCUUCGGCGACGACUCGCUAAACUACCACCUCAACACGCGCGUGACGGAGAUCCACCCCGAAACGAAGCAAGUCUCAAUAUCAACCGGCCAAACCAUCCCCUACGACAUCCUAGUCCUCGCAACCGGCUCCGACGCCGUGCUACCGAGAACCACGCCCGGCCACGAUGCCAACGGCGUCUUCGUCUACCGGACGCUGUCCGACCUGCAGGGACUGAUCGGGUUCGCGGCCGACCGCAGGGGUUCCGUCGGCGUGACUGUCGGGGGCGGCCUGUUGGGUCUGGAGGCGGCAAAGGCCAUGAUGGAUCUCGACUGCUUCUCGUCGGUCCGCAUCGUCGACCGGAAUGGGUAUCUGCUGGCGAGGCAGCUGGACGCUGAUGCGGGCCACCUCGUCACCGAGAGGGUUCGUGCGCUGGGCUUGGAGGUCUUGCACCGGAAGCGGAUCGCGGCUGUGGAGGUUGAUGGGGGGAAUAAUGUCGAGGGGGUGGUGUUUGAGGAUGGGGAGCGGAUACCGUGCAGCACGGUCUGUUUUGCGAUUGGCGUGAGGCCGAGAGAUGAGCUGGCCCAUUCGGCCGACAUAAAAGCCGGCGACAGAACGGGCGGAUUCGUGAUUGACGAAAACUUGCAGACCUCCGUUCCUGACAUAUACGCGGUUGGCGACUGCACGUGCUGGGAGAACCAGACCUUCGGCAUCAUCGCCCCGGGCGUGGAAAUGGCCGACGUGCUCUCCUUCAAUCUCACGGAUGGCAGGUUCCAGGGACUCCGGAAAUUCAACCGCCCAGACCUCAGCACGAAGCUGAAGCUUCUUGGCAUUGAUGUUGCCAGCUUCGGCGACUUCUUCGCCGAUCGUGAUGGCCCCAAGUUUCUCCCGGGAAAGCGACCUCCGGCGCCUGGUGUUGAGAACGGGUUCCAUGAAGAUGCAGUUCCGGCCAAGGCCCUCACAUACAAGGACCCGUUCGGCUCGGUGUACAAGAAGUAUCUCUUCACCCCUGACGGUACGCACUUGCUAGGCGGGAUGAUGAUCGGGGACACUCGCGACUACGUCAAACUCGCUCAGAUGGUCCGCACCCAGAAGGUCUUGGAUGUGCCGCCGGGCCAGUUUAUCCUGGGUGCCCAAAAGGACGGGGAGGACGACGGGUCCGAUUUGCCAGACGACACCCAGGUUUGCGCAUGCCACAACGUCACCAAGGGAGACAUCGUCGAGUCGGUCAAGGCCGGCACGUGUAAGAACCUGAACGAGCUCAAAUCAUGCACCAAAGCUGGCACCGGCUGCGGCGGAUGUAUUCCUCUGGUGCAAAGCAUCCUCAACAAAACGCUGAAAGAGCUCGGCCAGGAGGUCUCCAACCACCUAUGCCCACACUUCGCCUACUCCAGGGCAGAUCUGUACAACAUUAUCGCAGUAAAGCGCCUCAAGACCUUCGCAGAGGCGAUGCAAGGCGCAGGCAAAAACCAGACCUCCCUCGGCUGCGAAAUCUGCAAGCCGACGGUCGGCUCCAUACUAGCAAGUCUCUACAAUGAGCACGUCAUGUCGAGGCGCCACCACGACCUGCAGGACACCAACGACCGGUUCUUGGCCAACAUCCAGCGCAACGGCACCUUCUCGGUGGUGCCCCGCGUGCCCGGCGGCGAGGUUACCCCGGCCCAGCUGAUUGCCAUGGGCAGGGUGGCGGACAAGUACGGGCUGUACUGCAAGAUCACCGGCGGGCAACGGAUUGAUAUGUUUGGGGCUAGGAAGCAGGACUUGCUUGGUAUCUGGGCGGACUUGGUGGAUGCUGGGAUGGAGAGUGGGCAUGCUUAUGCCAAGGCGUUGCGGACGGUAAAAAGUUGUGUCGGCUCUUCCUGGUGUCGCUACGGCGUGGGGGACAGCGUCGGCAUGGCAAUACGGGUGGAGGAGCGGUACAAGAGCGUCCGGGCCCCCCACAAGCUGAAGGGCGGCGUGUCCGGUUGUGUCCGCGAGUGCGCGGAAGCCCAGAGCAAAGACUUCGGCCUGAUCGCAACAGAGAAGGGCUUCAAUAUCUUUGUCGGAGGAAACGGCGGCGCAAAGCCACGCCAUGCUGAACUGCUGGCCAAGGACGUGCCGCCGGAAGACGUCAUCCCGCUACUAGACCGGUACCUCAUCUUCUACAUUCGCACCGCGGACCGACUGCAGCGUACCGCCCGGUGGAUUGAGAACCUUCCAGGAGGUAUCGACUACCUGCGAGAGGUCGUCGUCGACGACCGACUCGGCAUCUGCGCGGACAUGGAGCGGCAGAUGCAGGAGCUGGUCAACAGCUACUUCUGCGAGUGGACCGAGAUCCUGCAGGACCCGGAGCGGCAGAAGGCGUUUCGCCAGUUCGACAACACGGCCGAGACGGUCGAUACGGUGGAAAUCAUCACGGAGCGCGGCCAGGAGCGGCCGACGGACUGGCCCAAGGAGUCGUCGGCGGACGAGGACUUCAGAAACCACCAGUGGUCCGACACGGCGUGGCAGCCCCUCAUCGAGGCCAGCCACUUUGACAGCUUCUCGUCCGCGCAGGUCCGUCGCGGCGACACGCAACUCGCCGUAUUCAAGGUUCGCGGCGGGUACUACGCGACGCAGCAGAUGUGCCCGCACAAGCGGGCGUUCGUGCUCUCGGACGGCCUCGUCGGCGAGGCCGAGGGCGGGAAUGACUACUGGGUGUCGUGCCCGCUCCACAAGCGCAACUUCGGCCUCGGCGGUGAACGCGCGGGAAUGUGCUCUACCGACCAGGCUAUGAGCAUCGCCACGUUCCCUGCCGAAGAGCGACCGGACGGGUGGGUGUACCUGAAGCUCCCGCCGGUUGAGGAGCUCGACGCGCUGCUGGGAACGUCGCGGUGGAAGACGCGCGCGGAGGAGGGCUCGGAUCCGUUUGAGCGGCUGGAUCAGAAGCUCAGCAAGUGCGUCAAGGGGCGCAAGGGCCGGAAGCCGGGGGAGGGACCCUCUGAUAGAUACGCUCCCACCAAAAUAUCUGGUUCCUCUACACAUAUAAGCUCUGGCAGGCUUUUCGUCAUAUAUAAGCAGAAACUGACUGCGUGUCCGCUUACCGGACCAGCUUCCCUGUUACCUGGGCUACUUUUGACCAUCACCAUCCGGGACGACCUGCACAUGACCCAGAACGAUGUCGCCAACUCCAACAUUGUAGCCCUGCUUGCGACGCUCCUUGUCCGCUUGAUAGCAGGCCCGCUAUGCGACCGCUUCGGCCCACGCUACGUCUUCGCCGGCACCCUACUAUGCGGCGCCGUCCCCACGGCUCUCGCAGGCCUGGUCACCGGCCCGAAAGGUCUGAUCGCCCUCCGCUUCUUCGUCGGCAUCCUCGGCGGCACAUUCGUCCCUUGCCAGGUGUGGUGCACGGGGUUCUUUGACAUCAACGUGGUCGGGACCGCCAACGCGCUUGCCGGUGGUUGGGGCAAUGCCGGCGGUGGCAUCACCUACUUCCUCAUGCCCGCCAUCUUCAACUCGUUGGUGCAUUCCCGGGGACUCACUCCUCACGUGGCUUGGCGGGUGGCAUACAUUGUGCCGUUCAUCCUGAUUACCGCGACUGCCAUGGGCAUGUUGCUGCUCUGUGACGACACACCUACGGGGAAGUGGUCGGACCGCCACCUCAUCAUCGAAGACGAGCCGGCCUCGCCGCCCCCAGAGGCAGUCGCCGUGCAGGGCCUAAAGGAGGGGCAGAAAGACGGUUCCAUGACCAAGGAUAAGUCACCCGAGAAAGGAGACCCCAACCUUGUGUACAUCGAACAAGGGCAGAGUGCCUUGCUCGACAUGGCAAAUGGAGAAAUAAUCAUGAAACCUACCUUCCGUGAAGGCCUCUCCAUCACCUUCUCUCUCCACACCCUCGCCCUAGCUGCCCCAUACGCCUGCUCAUUCGGCAGCGAACUAGCCCUCAACUCCAUCAUCGGGGCCUACUACUUCAAGAACUUCCCCCACCUCGGCGAGACCGGCUCGGGCAACUGGGCCGCCAUGUUCGGCCUCCUCAACGUCGCCUUCCGCCCCGCCGGCGGCAUGCUCAGCGACGCCAUCUACCAGCGCACGGGCUCCGUCCGCGCCAAGAAGCUGUGGAUGUCGCUCCUCGGCGUCGCCAUGGGCGUGCUGGAGCUCGCCAUCGGCCUCGCUGACCCGCGCCGCGAGGCCGCCAUGUUCGGCCUGUUCGCCGGCCUCGCCUUCUUCGUGGAUGCGUCAAAUGGCGCUAACUUCUCGGUCGUGCCGCAUGUGUAUCCGGCGGCUAAUGGUGUGAUAUCUGGUCUUGUGGGAGCGAGCGGAAAUCUAGGUGGCAUCGUGUUUGCGAUAAUCUUUCGGUACAAUGGCAAGGCUUACCAUACGUCCAUCUGGAUUAUGGGCGUUAUCAGCAUCUCGGUGAACUUGGCUUUGGCGUGGAUUCGGCCCAUGCCCAAGGGGCAAGUGCACUGGAGGUCGGUUUGUUAA